AUGGGUCGGUCGCUUGGUCGUUUGGUUGAUGACAAAAUCACCGCGACGGCCCUGAGGGGUAAAACCUUUAACGGUGUUAUUACUUUCUCAGCAAAUGGGCCAUCUUUCCCCGCCCAUUUCAACCCGAAUCGACUGAUCGUUGAUGAUGAUGAUGAUGAUAAUGAUAAUGUUGGAAAGAUCAAAAUGAGUUGGAUGGAUGAGAUUGAUGUGUUCUGGCCUCGAUGA